AAUCUCGUGUUGAUGCGACCGUCACCGUAUGUAUUUUUCUCUGGGCUGUAGUCCAUUGGACGCGAUUGAAUGCGAAAUACGUUAUCCUUAACGCGAGAGAGACAUUUGAUACGUUCUACUUAGCCAUGACAUUUUCCGUACGCAGUCGAGCCAAAUAAGCAGAAUGGCCAGUACCGUGGGAGAGGUUAGGGACCCGUUGUCGAUUAACGUCGUCGAAGCUGCUGGAAAUGAUGCUUCACGGAUUGCUGUUUCUUAUGAAGAUAUUGCUAAUAAGUUACUGAACGAGAAGUUUCUGCUGACCGCCUUGGAGUUACAUGCCGAAUUGUGCGAAGCAGGCCAGGAACUUCCAGUGUUGAGAGAAUUCUUCUCCAAUGUCGCCAAUUUCGAGACUCACAAUGUCAAGCUGGAGCCAUAUUUGUCAAUGGGUAUGGGCAUUUUCAAAAAAUCUUCUAGUCAAGCGACUUUGGACUCUCUCGAUAUGACAAGGUUUUCUGAAGAUGGCGGUGUUGACGAAAGGGUGGCUAUACUUGAAUUUGAGUUAAGGAAAGCCAGAGAAAAUAUUUCUGCUCUUCGUGCAAACCUUACCGUUGUCACAGAAUCUGAAAAUACCGCUCCAGAUCAAAGUACCGAAAAACUAACCCUCGAAGAUCAUCCUAUUAAGCCUCAUGAACGACGUGCAUUAAAUUUCCUUGUCAACGAGUAUUUAUUAGCUCGCUCAUACAAAUUAACAUCAAUCACAUUCAGCGAUGAGAACGAAAAUCAAGACUUUGAAGAUUGGAAUGACGUUGGAUUAAAUAUUCCAAAGCCACCGGACUUGUUACACAUAUACAGAGAAUUUCUAAGAGCGACAGGGUACGACAAGCCGCCGUCUAUAAGCAUAGCCGUGCAAACCGACUUUAUUGACACAAAACUCGAAGAUAAGGAACAAGAAAUGAACAUAAUGCUCGCUGAAAUGGAGAAACUAAAAAGUCAGGCAAUCUCGUUAGAGCAGGACAAGUGUCUGCUUCAGCAACAAAUUCCGAUCGAGGAUAACGCAGGAACACAAAAUAUGAAUUCCAUGGCCACGACGCCAGAGAAAUUUGAGAUCUUAGACUCUCCGAGUCAAGAUACUUCCGUUACAACUCGACAGCCCGGGGAGGCCGACAGCUCUUCGGUAGCAGUGAGUCUCGGGGAAACCGAUCCUGGAGAUAGAGACUGGACUAAGAUUCAGCUCUCAAGAGUAGACGGGAUGGAAGGAUCAUCGACCUCGACAAGUUCACCGACUAGACGCCUCCCGACGAGAUUCAGGAAGGAAGUGAUGUCGCAGUGUUCGACGAGCGCUUCAAGUCCGGCCACCUCGAUGGUCGAGGAGCCAUUGAAGGAUGGCGUUACGAGAGACACCCUGGUCGAGAUCCUGGCGCACUCGUUACCUCGCGUAGCGCCUAACGUCAUUCUGAAUAAACGCGAAGAGCUCAUCCCUCUGAUACUGAGCGGCGUGAGAUUACAUUCCGAUUCCGCUACAAGAGAGAAGCUGCUGCAGCUGUUGUUUAACCUGAAGAAACGACCACAGGAGGAGGAACGGAGGACCAUAGUGGCCGGACUGGUCGCGAUGGCGAAGCUGGAGGACGCGCCGACCGAGAUCGAGGAGAUUCUUACGCUAUGCUGGGAACAGAGCCAACACAAGUAUCCCGAGAGGCGACUGCUCGCGGCGGAGUGUUGCUCGGCUCUGGCUCCUUACACCUCCGGCGCGAUCAGGAACUCGUUGGUGCUCUCGAUGCUGCAGCAGAUGUUGCUCGACGACAAGGACCCCGAGGUUCGGGCGAGGGUCGUCCGAAGCCUCGCCCUCUUGGUCGCCCUGAUGGACGAUCCGGACAAAUAUUUCCAAUGCGAGGAACUCGCGUUGACCGCUCUCGACGACGCCUCUCCGCUAGUCGUGGAGACCGCCUCCUCCGUUCUGGUGCCCGUCCUGGCCCAGUGGGCCCUGUCCCUCAGGAGAUUGCAGUCCCAUUUACUGCCGAGGGUCACCUUAAAGUUGAAGAAUCAGUUGAGGCCCACGCACCACCACUCACCGACGAAGGACCAGAUGGACCAGGAGCGACUCGUGGCCUCUGUCGGGGUCCUGCAUUACGUUUUGCCUCACACGGUGGUUUGCGUGGUCGACGUUGAUCGCGUCAAGUCUCGGAUUCGAGGAGGAACCGCAACUGACCUAACCGAAGAUUUCGAAGGGAUAUGCCGUUCGGACAUGGUUAAUCCAAGAGUAUUCUACGAAGGAGACGUGGACGUGGCCGUGCUCUUGAACGCGUUCUUCGAAACGUCGUGGGACGAGGACACCUGGCCGGAAAAGGAGUGGCUCGCAAACAAGCAUGUUCCCGACAUCCUCGAAAUGGUGAAAUCCAUAGAGGCAAGUCACGAGAGUAUUUUCGCGGAGCUUCUCACGUACGUCCGUUCUCUGUGCCUUGGCUUCGGUCGUAACGUUACGCGGACCGGAAUACACGGGGUGUUUUACUCCGAAGUUACCGAAUUGGAGAAUCAGUUGACGAGUCUUUCUCAAGACAGGGGUGUUCUAAAUUUAACCUUGGUCCCAGCCUACUUGAUCGUCUUGUCGACUUACGAUCUGAUUGAGCUUUCCAAGUCGCUCAAGCAAUUCAUCGUGGGUUUUUCACUGAGCGGCGUCAACGUUCUCAAUUUGCAAAUAGCAGUAGCGAGAUUGUGCACCCAAGAACGUCUGCAGGAAGCCGUGCUGGAAGCUUUGUGGGACGGCGUCGUUCACAAAAGACCGUCCGUAAGGUGCAUUACGGCCACGCUUUUCGGGGGUAUCAUAGCCCGGGUUGCCGAUAGGUUAGUCACCGGGAGAGUCGUCCCGGCGAUAGUGACCUUGUCCACCGACUCCGACGUUUCCGUCCGCGCCGCUGCGAUUCCGACGUUAGGCCUCCUGGUUACCGAGUGUACCGCAAGGGAGGCCAGGGAUAAAGCGCGACUCACGUUGGAGACCAUCGCCAGGGAGCCCCAGGGCGUUCCCUCCGCUCUGGCGGUGCCUCUGGUAACGACGCUGGCAGCGAUAGCCCCCAGUUGCCCGCCCAACUACCUCGAAGACGUGAUAGCGACUCAGCUCACCGGCAUCGCCGCUUCCGCUCUUCAGCAGGGCCGCAAGCUCGACCUGGCCAACUCGCUGGUGGAGGCCUACUCGAUUCUGGUCUACUGUCCGUUGAGUAACCAGUGCGUCACCGGUGCCCUGCUGCCCGGCCUGAGAUACCUCGAGACGCUCGUCAAUCAAGUUCUACCUCAGCAAAGGGAUAAGGUUCGGUCCUUGCUACGAGAGGCCGAAUCGAGGCAAGACCUUCCGAAGGCGAUGGAGAGAUCCACCUCGACGAAUUCGGGGCUUUCGCUGUCUUUGGCCACCGCCAACGUGGGUCAGGGUGUCGAGGAUAUGCGCCAGAGGAUGAGCAAGAUGUUUCAGCAAAAACCCGGGACUCCCAGCGUGUCCAGCAUUUUCCGGAAGAAGUAGCGUUCCGGAUUGUCCGCGCUCCCCCGACUUUCGACAAGGUAAAAAGAAUCUCACUCUCUUUGACUCGACGUCAAGGUGGGAGUCGUAAUUGCGUUGUAAUUACGCGACGAAUGGCCCGUAAGUCGUCGAGAUCUAACGAGGGUUUCGCUCCAGCCAUCGCACCACAGCCACGGGUUUCUCGGUUCGAAGCCGUCUGAUUAAGGUCGAUCCGAUUUUUAUUCGCUUUCGUUAAAGAACUCGGCCCAACGACGUAUAUUUCUUCGAAACGUUGGGUGUCGUGUAUAUUUGUCAUUUGAGGAAUUGGCACUCUAUCACCUUUUAAUCGUAUAUACGGUGAAAUAUGCUGUACAAUGACGAAUCCUCGUGAAGAACUCGUUUCACUCGACGGUUCGUCUCUAGGUCACUUUUGGCAUAAAUGCACACAGAAAGGAAAUUCCUGACAAACGUUAACCCUUGGAACGUGUUAUUAAUUUCUUAGUGGUUUCGCUUACUUUUAAAUGAAAUAAAUGACUCGACAGGAUUCUAAGGGUUAAGUCGUAACAUUUAUAUACAUUUGGGUUCAGGUUGAAUCUUCGAUUCGGUUAAGAACAGGCCGUUAUUUUUCUUUACUAACACUGUAUUUGUCCGUGAAUAGGUAGUUAAAUAAAUUAUUUCUAUUACGUCUUGAAAUGGUCCAACAUGGAAACGUGCACUCCGACGCCCUCGGCAAAUGUCGGGCAGCUAUCGUCGGCAGUUUCCAUCGAUGACUGUAAUGACGGUGAACGCGUCGAGGUGUAUCGACGGGUGUAUCGAUUGGUGUACGGAUCAGGGUGAAACAAUCGGGCCAUGUCCUUUGUCCUCUGCACACACGCGCACACAUCCACGAAGCAAUGCAAAAAUGAAUCUCUAAAGGGGUCCCUCAAAGGAAAUUAGUCGAAGGAGUACCUUGUAAGAAUAUUUUAUUUAAACUAUAUAUAAUAUGUAUGUAUAUACAUAUAUAUAUAUAAGUGCGUAUCGCAGUCGUACACGAAUACGUCUACGGAUCCACGUACGCACAUGUAUAUACAUAUUUCGACUAAGUUUAUCGUGUUACAUGACCAAUGCGUGAUCGUUUAUGCACGUACCUGCAUAUAUAUCGCAACAGAGAAUUUAUUCUAUUGCGAUGUAUGUGUCGUGAGAUGUGCUACCGUGUUCGCGUGUGUAUGUAUACGUAUUGCACUAGAUCGCACGUAACUGCAAUAUAUAUACAUUGCGACGUGUUUCGUUGCCUGGUGAUAAAUAAAUUUUAUAUUAUAUUUAUCUUCAAA